GGUAUGAACUCUUGCCCUAAGAAACUUUGGGGCUGAACGAAUUUUUGGUAAAUUUGGGGGUAGAAAGAUGAGCAACAGAGGUAACAAUACUGGAGGUGGUAACAACAGUAACAUUAAUUCUUCCAAUCGCCCUGAAUGGUUGCAGCAGUACGAUUUGAUCGGUAAAAUUGGUGAGGGAACUUACGGUCUGGUAUUCUUAGCCAAGAUCAAGUCCAAUCGGAGCAAGUCUAUCGCGAUUAAGAAAUUCAAGCAAUCCAAAGAUGGUGAUGGCGUUUCCCCCACCGCAAUUCGCGAAAUCAUGUUGCUUAGGGAGAUAUCCCAUGAAAAUGUGGUGAAGCUGGUGAAUGUACACAUCAAUCAUAUGGACAUGUCUCUCUAUCUGGCCUUUGAUUAUGCUGAGCAUGACCUCUAUGAAAUUAUUAGACAUCACAGAGACAAGGUUAACCAAGCUAUUAACCAAUACACCGUGAAGUCAAUACUUUGGCAGUUGCUUAAUGGGCUAAAUUAUCUUCAUAGCAACUGGAUUAUGCAUCGAGAUCUUAAGCCCUCCAAUAUUUUGGUGAUGGGUGAUGGAGAAGAACAAGGAGUUGUAAAAAUUGCUGAUUUUGGACUGGCUAGAAUAUAUCAAGCUCCACUGAAGGCAUUAUCCGAUAAUGGGGUUGUUGUAACAAUUUGGUAUCGUGCACCAGAGUUGCUCCUUGGGGCGAAGCACUACACUAGUGCUGUUGAUAUGUGGGCUGUUGGCUGUAUAUUUGCGGAGCUUCUGACAUUGAAGCCACUGUUUCAAGGACAGGAAGUAAAAGCCACACCGAACCCUUUUCAGCUUGAUCAGCUCGACAAAAUUUUCAAGGUUCUAGGUCAUCCAACAGUGGAUAAGUGGCCAACACUUGCCCAUCUUCCACAUUGGCAGUCAGAUCAGCAGCACAUCCAAGGGCACAAAUAUGAUAGUCCUGGUCUUUACAGCGUUGUUCACCUCUCUCCAAAAAAUCCUGCAUAUGAUCUUCUCUCAAAAAUGUUGGAAUAUGAUCCUCGAAAACGUAUAACAGCAGCACAAGCUCUCGAGCAUGAGUAUUUUCGGAUGGAACCUUUACCUGGACGCAAUGCACUGGUACCGUCUCAACCUGGAGAGAAAAUUGUGAAUUAUCCAACCCGUCCAGUGGACACGAACACAGAUUUUGAGGGCACCACUAGUCUUCAGCCUGCUCAACAUGCAUCAGGAAACGUGUCUGGGGCUAUGGGAGGUCCACAUGUAAUGCCAAAUAGAUCUGUUCCACGCCCUAUGCAUAUGGUUGGCAUGCAAAGGAUGCAACAGCAGAGUAUGGCGGCUUAUAAUAUUGCCAAUCAGGCUGGGAUGGGUGGUGCAAUGAAUCCUGGAAAUAUCCCAAUGCAGCGUGGUGUUGCUGCCCAGCCUCAUCAACAGCAGCAGCAGUUAAGAAGGAAGGACGGAAUGGGGAUGCCCGGAUAUCCACAACAGAAAUCAAGGCGUUUUUGAGAUUUCGUGUUGCGAUCGGGGGACAUCAGGCCAGAAAAUGCAUAUCCUGUUUUCUUCUGCUGGUGUCUUACAGAAAUUGGCACUUGUAUAUUUGGUAAGACUGCAUAUAUAUAUAUAUAUAUAUAUUAUGUAUAUAUAUAUAUAUAUGUAUGUAUAAAGAUAUUGGUGUAGCAAACACAAACCAAUUUUGGGUUAUUGGUUAGAACCAUUAUAAAUACUUUUACCCUUAUCCAUUUGCAUUGAUGGUUAAAAGCAAACAAACAUGGUAUAUUCCGUUUGAAGGUAGAGUCCGGUGUUAACGAGUCAGAUUGGCUUUGAGAAAAUAAUAUUAGGCGUGAGCUUGAAUAUU